AUGCCACGUAAGCUACGUAAGAAUAUACGUAAGAGGAAGAGAGCAUUGAAACAUCCAAUAGUAAAACUGACACCACAACAACAGUUGCAACAACAAAUGAUGAAUGACCCCACUAUGUUGCAACAAAUGUCAAGCAAUCCUAUGCUUUUAAACCGAGUUCUUGGUGCACAGAGUGGAGGUUUAAGAGCGGCACUUUUAGCGAAAAUGGCAGGCUAUGGUGGAGCUGCAGACGGAACAGCAUAUAACCCUCAAAGUCAAAUGAAUUUGAGUUCACUCAAAAAUCAAAUAACAGAUGUCAAAAAGUCAAACAUAGACAUACAGAAGCAAAUAA